UCGGGAACAUCAAGCAUGGAUUAUCCCAAAAUGGAUUAUUUUCUGGAUGUGGAGUCUGCUCCCAGACUCUUGGAUGUUGAGUCGGCUCAGAGAUUCUUCUACAGCCAAGGAGCUCAAGCUCGCCGGGCGACCCUGCUCCUGCCUCCCACCUUAAUGGCGGCAUCUUCGGAGGACGAUAUAGACCGGCGGCCCAUCAGAAGAGUCCGCUCCAAGAGCGACACGCCGUACCUCGCCGAGGCCAGGAUCUCCUUUAACCUGGGGGCAGCUGAGGAAGUGGAGAGGCUGGCGGCCAUGCGUUCUGACUCCCUCGUCCCAGGCACCCACACCCCACCCAUCCGGAGGAGAAGUAAGUUUGCCAACCUAGGAAGGAUCUUCAAGCCUUGGAAAUGGAGGAAGAAGAAAAGUGAAAAGUUCAAACACACGUCUGCAGCCCUGGAAAGGAAAAUAUCCAUGAGGCAAAGCAGAGAGGAGCUGAUAAAACGAGGAGUCUUGAAGGAAAUCUAUGAUAAAGACGGGGAGCUCUCCAUAUCGAAUGAAGAUGACUCCCUGGAAAACGGGCAGUCCCUGAGCUCCAGCCAGCUGUCUCUGCCCGCCCUGUCUGAAAUGGAGCCAGUCCCGAUGCCCAGGGAUCCCUGCUCAUACGAGGUGCUCCAACCUGCCGACAUCAUGGAUGGGACAGUGUCCGAAGAGAGUCCCUCUGCCAGUGAGUCUGCAGCCCUCCUGUCCCAAGAUCCUUCAGCCAAACCAGUCCUGUUCCUGCCCCCCAAAAAACCUGCUGCUUCCCCCGGAGACCACGAGGACACCCCCGUGAAGCAGCUCUCUCUCCUCAAGCAGCCCCCCGCCCUGCCUCCCAAACCCACUGCCAGGAUUGGCAACCACUUACCAGAUCCUGGCGCCCCCGUGAAAUUGCCUUGCCUGCCAGUGAAGCUGUCGCCUCCGCUACCUCCAAAGAAAGUCAUGAUCUGCAUGCCUGUGGGGGGGCCAGAGCUCUCCCUGGCGUCCUACGCUGCCCAGAAGAGUGGCCCGCAGGGGGGCGCCCAGCACCUCCACACCGUCCUGCCCUCCCAGAUCCAGCACCAGCUGCAGUACGGCAGCCUGGGCCAGCACCUCCCCUCCGCCACCGGCUCCCUCCCCCUGCACCCCUCGGGCUGCAGGAUGAUCGAGGAGCUGAACAAAACGCUGGCCAUGACCAUGCAGAGGCUGGAAAGCUCAGAGCAGCGGGUCCCCUGUUCUACUUCUUACCACAGCUCCGGUUUACACUCGGGAGACAGUGUCACAAAAGCAGGACCUCUGGGCCUUCCGGAAAUCAGACAAGUGCCAACGGUUGUGAUUGAAUGUGAUGACAAUAAAGAAAAUGUGCCUCAUGAAUCAGACUACGAAGACUCUUCUUGCCUGUACACAAGAGAAGAGGAGGAGGAGGAGGAAGAGGAUGAGGAUGACGACAGUUCAUUGUAUACCAGCUCCCUGGCCAUGAAGGUGUGCAGGAAGGACUCCUUAGCCAUCAAGCUCAGCAACAGGCCCUCCAAGCGAGAGCUGGAAGAAAAGAACAUCCUUCCCCGGCAGACGGAUGAGGAGCGACUGGAGCUUCGACAGCAGAUCGGCAGCAAGCUCACCAGGCGACUGAGCCAGAGGCCGACUGCGGAGGAGCUGGAGCAGAGGAACAUUUUGAAACCUCGGAAUGAACAAGAGGAACAAGAGGAGAAGAGAGAGAUCAAGAGGAGGUUAACUCGAAAGCUCAGCCAGAGGCCCACAGUGGAGGAGCUUCGGGAACGGAAGAUCCUUAUCCGCUUCAGCGACUACGUGGAGGUGGCCGACGCUCAGGACUAUGACCGCAGGGCCGACAAGCCCUGGACCCGCCUCACCGCUGCCGACAAAGCUGCCAUUCGGAAGGAGCUCAACGAAUUUAAAAGCACUGAAAUGGAAGUUCACGAAUUGAGUAGACAUUUAACAAGGUUUCACCGACCUUAACAGUCGAAUUCCUCUUGAGUGCUAUGCUGUCUUCAAAACAUAAAUUUAUAAGAACCAUAAGUGCUGGUAUUUAUUCACUUCCCCAUUAUGAUGUAAAUCUUCUGAACUGCCUUUUUUUUAAAAGAAGAAGAAAAAGAAAAGGAAACACAGUCAGGAUUCUGUUUGCAAAAACACGAUGGUUACAGCUCUGUGGUCAGAGCUGCCGGCGCCACCGCGGAUAAGGGACCAUGCCCCGUCCCGGGGCACCGAAGACCUGCCCGCAUUCGGCGCGGCCAUGGGCCUCAGGCCAGCAGGUACCGUGUUCGCUGAGGCUCCCGCGAGCCUGUGCCGCCAAAGUGUCUGUCACUUGAGUCCAGAGAAUGCCAAGCCGGUGGAUCUGUCGUGGGACGACUAUGCAGAAGCAGGCGGUCCAGGGGUGGUGCCCGAUCAGGAGGCUGCUGAAGGAGUCCACACCACCCACACAGUGAACUAAGGGGAGAGCCCUUCCCCGGGGGAGCCUGUGGUCGCCGGGCUGUCCUCAGAGUGCGUGCGCUCCAGGUGCAGAGGCGGGCACGAGUGCCCGUCCUGUCCCCUCUGGCCGAGCCGGCUGCCCUCCAGGAAGCUCUGGUGUUGCAGGGGAAGGCUGUCGUUAGACAAGCCUGGAGUCAUGGGCGAUCUUACACAUGCCAGCAGCCUCUGCUGUCUUGGUGGCAUCAUGCGUGUGAGCGUACAGUCUCUGUGGAGGGCACCCAGGCUGGGAUGACCAACUGCGUGGCUGAUGUUCAUUCUCUCUGCGUUGUACCCCAGGGCUGGGGACCGGGUGGCCAGGCCCUUAACGGCCUCUGAGUCGAGGACCAGGCCAGGAUCCAUUCCUGAAGGGCUGGCUUCCCCCAGUGGCGUCCUCCACAGCAACCCAAGGCCCUUCCAGGCUGGCGUACCUGGAGGUGUUGGGGCAGAAGCCCCAGCAUUGGGGUAGACACCGGCCCCGCCCGCCGGGAGGUACCUGCUUCUCCAGGGAGCAUCCCUCGUCUCCGUCUGGAGACUGGUGAGGGUGACUGAGGUGGGAUCUCUGUCUGUCCUUCUCACCUGUGAUCACAGGAGAGUGGUGGGGGCCACUCCAGACCCUGACUGCUCUCCGCAGGGGCCGCCUGAGCUGCUUCUGGUUUCCUUCCCCUGGGGCCGUGGCCGCAAAGCUCCACCUGGCCUUCUGGCGAUCACCAUGGGUGAUCUUGGUCGUUCCACCAGCUCUCCCAGUGAUGGCUCGUGCCCCACCACACAGGCCCAGGCUUUAGGGUGAUGCCAGCUUGGCCUUCACAAAAAAAAAAAAAGGUAACCAGUCCCCACCCCAAGCUGCGUGGGAUCACGUUACCCUGGGGCUGCCCCGCCAUCACCACGGGUGAGGGUGGGCUCCUCCUCCGCUGGCGCUCAUGGCUCCCCGGGGCAGCAUCACCGUGCACCUGGUGGGGAGCUCGGGCAGUGUUCCAGGCGGUGCCCGCCAGCCAGUGCCAAGCUGGCGCACACUUUCCUCACAGCGCCUGGUGCCCAGCCCUGGUAAAACGCAUCACCCCCUUCCUUUCCCUCUUUGAAUGUUGAAUCCCGAUAGUUAACUGCCGUGGGUGGAGGUGUUGUUCAGGGAAAACGUGGCCAGGAUUUUAGCGUGGCUGUAAACACUGUCUUCCCGAAACUUACUGACAUUUGAAUGUGCAGAUGGUGUGAUGAAGGAUGCGGGGCUCUUCUGUGCAACUCCUCUGCGUGGGCAUGUGUUCCUGGCCGAGGUGCCCACCUUGGCUGGGGUCUGAGCCUGGGCUUCUAGUGGCGUGAUGGUCAGCCUCCGCCUGGCCCAGGAGUGAGUCCUAAGGGACCUCGUUCCACUGCCUGGACGCCUACCACACAGGCCAGGGGCUUCUCUGUGGGCCUGGGUUCCAGGCCUUUCAGAUUCUUGGGAACAUGAUGCCUCAAGUUCCUUGCAGCCCGCCUGCCAGGGGUCCCGGGUUCCCACCCAAAGUGCCCCAUUGUUGCAGCCACUUUGCACAUGGAAGAAACUGAACGCAGUUUCUGCUUCUCCUGCAGAGUAGCUUUUUCCGGAAGUAACUCCCUGCAACUUGAAGGGUGCCCUUCCCGUGUCACUGCCCCCGAGCUGGGCUCUCCCAAGCCCAUUGGAAGCGGCUUAGCAACCUCUGUAGGUCACAGGGUGGACCUCUGAUGUCUUUCCUUUCUUGAAAUCUUGAGGUGUUUACAGAAAUCUAUCCAAAUUUCCUUUUUGCCACAUUGUUAAAACACCUGAAAAAAAAUGUAUUUCUUUCCAAAAUGACAAUUUGAUAUGAGGGGGGUGGAAAAAAGGUAGGCUGGCUGGUUUACAGAGCACCUUUUUUUCUGAAAAAGCUACAAUUGGAGCUUUUUGUCAUUUGCAUUAGCACAAGAACAACCUGAGAUUUCUCAAAUCAAAACGUUUCCCUCUGAUCAAACACUGCCCGAGGUCCCCACCCCAUCCAGGACUGAGGAGACUGCCAUGGGCCUACCUGCUCCUUGGAAAUCGCUGACCUAUUCCUCCCCAAAGGCCCUCAAAGCUCUGUAAAACUUUAGCCUUUAUGUCAGAUUAGAGAAACCAAACGAUGUGACGGUGGAUGUGAUGAAAACCUCCGAGCUUAUUUUUCUCCUGCCUAUGAACAUGUAUUUAUACUUGCCGAAUGAAAACCGUGAUGUGCGCUUCAGUGAAUGGAAUUUCAGGCUCCCCCUGUGCACAGUCAGCGGGCGAAGGUCACCUUCAACGACUUUUUCUUCCCAUUUGUCUCUUGAUCCCCCAAAUGGUUGCUUUUCUCUGGUUGCUUCCCGGGUGUCUGUACAUAGUUUGUCUUUGUACCGGAGCGCGCUCCCGUGUUCUGCUUUAACAGACGACGGCUGUAUGAGGAAGACAAUGUAAAUAGAAUACAAAUUAAACUGGAGCUCUGUGGCCUAGGUUUUGUACAGACAGAAACUGCAUGGUAUUUAAAUUAUUGUUUGUCUCUGAUGAUGUAUGCAGUUUCUUUAAAAACAAACCAAAAAAAAAAGUCUU